AUCAAAUAUAUACAAUCCAAAGUAAAAAACGCAGAAAUUAUUGAAUGCAGAAUCUCUAAAUGUUUAUAAAGCAAAAUGAAGGGCCUGGACAGAUGCCGCGUUUGUUCCUGCACCACUGAGUGCAAGAAGGAGGCAUACAACUUGCUUGAACUGCCCGAAGUGGCCGCAAUGUUCACCGCCUGCACAGAUUUGUUGGUGGAUCCGCGGGAGGAGGACUUCUUGCCCAGCGAGCUGUGCUCUUGCUGCUACGAGGAGCUGCAGAAGUGCCAUACGUUCCGAGAACUCUGCAUAAAGGCGGACACCAGUUGGCGCUUGCUGAAAGGGUUAUCUGAGAAGGAGUUCGAUGAUGUGGAUGACAUGCCGCUCUGCACAUUGGAGUGCACGAAAAGCCCCGGCCCCCCCAUUGAAGCCACUGAGUUGGUGCUGGUCGAUGGAAGAUUCCGAGAGGAAAAGCCGUGCCAAAGAUUAAAGAAGGAAAAUAAGGAGAAGGUGAAGACAAAGGCGGGAAAACGUACGAAGGCAAAGGCAAAGGAGGUUCCCCCAACGAAAGAGCAGGGUGUGGGCUGCAAGUGCGAGACCUGCUCGAAAGAGUUUGUCGAUGAGAGUCGCCUGCAGGCGCACAUGCGAGAGCACGAUGGUCACCUGCUCUUUCCCUGCACGGAGCCUGGCUGUGACAAGAGCUUCAGUCGAUUGCAGGACCUUAAUGUACACCUGAGGGAGCACGAUGGCACGGGCACGUGGUACACCUGCGACCAGGAGGGCUGCAGCAAGAGCUACCGCCACAAGGGCACCCUGGUGAUGCACAAACGCCAGAGCCAUAGCAUAGGACCGAAACUGAAAUUGCACGUGUGUGAGUUCUGCGGCAGAGUCUUGAAGAGUCUGGCCGCCCUCAACCACCAUCGGUUCACGCACAAGGACAAGCUGGUGAAGCCGUAUGCCUGCGAGGAGCCAGGCUGCUCUGUACGCUUCCUUAGCGAGGAGAAGCUGAAGGUGCACAUGAUGCGGCACAGGGGCAUCAAGAACUUCACGUGUCCCCACUGUGGCGCCAAGAAGACGACAAAGAACGAGCUGAAGCUGCACAUCAACUAUCACACGCUGGAGCGCACCUGGCCCUGCCCGCACUGCCCCAAGGUGUGCAACAGCUCCACCAGCAGAAAGAUGCACAUACGCACGAAUCAUGAGAAGACCAAGAGCUAUGCCUGCAGCAUCUGUGACAAGAGAUUCACCAAGCCGGACACGCGCAAGUACCACGAGUUGACGCACACCGGCGAGCGGAACUUCGGGUGUGCAGUGUGUGGCAAGCGUUUCGUUCAGCCUACGGCACUGCGCACCCAUCGAAAAAUCCAUGAGCGGGAUCAGGCUAAGACGCCUCCUGGUGUUUGAUUUAAAAAAGUCGCCAAAUAAAUCACGUUGCAAUCACGUUUUGCAACACGGUAGGAGUA